GAGGGGAGCCUGCGGGGGUGGAGCGUCCAGUUCUGGGCCAGGGGGUCCAAAGUGCUUAGCUCCCCGGGUGCACAGCUGGACAUUUGGGGGUCUUCUGUCAGCAGGGACAGCGUGAAUGGGGGUCAGGGAGAGAGCGGGCAGGCAGCCGAGGGCAGGAGAGCCGGGACUGUCCGGGUGCAGAGCGGCCACUGCUGAGGUGUGUCGGGCAGGUGGGCUGGGCGUGUCCUUCUGUCUGUCUCAGCAUUUCCACCUGUGUCCAGAGGCAGCUUGCUUCCCUCACAAGGAAGGUCCACAGGAACCCGAUCCAUUCACCUACGAUUACCACACCCUGAGGAUCGGCGGCCUCACCAUCGCUGGGAUCCUCUUCAUCCUGGGCAUCCUUAUCAUCCUUAGCAAGAGAUGUCGGUGCAAAUUCAACCAACAGCAGAGAACUGGGGAACCCGACGAAGAGGAGGGAACUUUCCGCAGCUCCAUCCGCCGUCUGUCCACCCGCAGGCGGUAGACCUUCCACCUGUCUCCAGGAGACUCAGCCAGGUCCUGCAGCUGAUGGGCUGAAGUUGGGACGGAGGAAGGCAGAGGGGCACAGUGCCAUGGUGGGAGCGUGGCUAGGAGAGCUUGGGGUCUCUGCUUGCCAUUCACUCCUUCAACCCCCACAGGACCCCCUUGACGCCUCUCCCCACCCAGCUGCUCGCCCGUGGCCACCUCCAGCGUCCCUUGCCUCAGCCCUGCCUCUCGGACACCCCUUUUACUGCUAAGACCUCCAAUAAAACUCGGUUUUCCCUCUUGA